UUCAAAGGCCUCGUGCCUCGGUUGCAUUCUGUCAAUGAUAGGAUUCAAGAUAAUUGAUGAAUAGUCUAAUGAAAUCUUUAUAUGUAGUUUAAGACAGAUGUUGUGUUCUUCAUUCACUUCUCUAAACUUUAGUAGUGAUUUAUAGAUAAGGGUGGCAUGGUGGUGUAAACAUCUCACAGCUCUAGGAUCUCUGGCUUCAUCCUGAGCUCAGGGCUUGGGUUUCAGAUAUUCUCCUGUUUGAAUGAGUGCAUGAAUGUGCGUGUAAAUGUGUGUGUGUGUGUGUGUGUGUGUGUGUGUGUGCGUGUUGCUCUGAGAUGAAUGAACUGGCAUUCCAGGGUACAUUCCUGUAGUGUAUUCCUGGGAUAGCUUCCAGAUCCUCUGCGGACCUGAUCAUUAUAAAGUGCUUACUGAAAAUGAAUUAAUAAAUUAAUGAUGCUAAUGCUAAUACAUGCUAAUGCAGCAUACAAAUAUGGCUGCUGAUUUCUUCUGUUGUUGUGUAUAUCUCAUAGUAGAUCUUCAAUUGAAAUACAACAUAAACCUAAGGCAACCUGAGUAAACAUACAAUAGUUUAUUUAUUUAUUUAUUAUUAUUUUUUUUUAUUGAAGCAAGAAAAGUUAUCCAACACUAAUCACCCCCUUAAACUUAAAAUCUGAUUGUGCCACCUUUAGCAGCAAUAACUGCAACCAAACACUUCGGAUAACUGGAGAUCAGUCUUUCACUUACUUCUAGGACUAGGAUUUACUCCUAUGCUUUGGAUCGUUGUCUUGCUGCAUAGUCUUACGGACUGAAGACCAGACAUUCUCCUUUAGGAUUUUCUGGUAGAGAGCAGAAUUCAUGUUUCCCUCAAUUUUUGCAAGUUGCCCAGGCCCUGAAACAGCAAAGCAUCCCCACACCAUCACACUUCCACCACCAUGCUUGACCGUAGGUAUGAUGUUCUUUUUGUGGAAUUCAGUGUUUGGAUUACUCCAGAUGUAAUGGACCAUUGUGUUCCAAACAGUUCCACCUUCGACUCAUCAGUCCACAGAACAUUCUCCCAAAAGCUUUUCAAAUCCUCAAGGUGUGUUUUGGAAAAAUUCAGAUGAGCCUUAAAGUUCUUCUGGGUUAGCAGUGGUUUUCACCUCACCACUCUACCAAGGAUGCCAUUUUUGCACAGUGUCUGAUAGCGGAGUCAUAAACAGUGACCUUUAUUGAUGCAAGAGAGGCCUGUAGUUCCUUUGGUGUUGUCCUUGGUGCUUUUAAGACUAGCUGUAUGAGUCGUUGCUGUGGUCCUGGAGGAAUUUUGGAAGGUCAGGAAAGUUCUGGGAAGGUUCAUCUGGGAAGGUUUAUUACUCUGCCGAGUUUUUCCAUUUGGAGAUAACGGCUCUCACUGUGGUUCUUUGGAGUCCCAGAGCCUUUGAAAGAGCUUUGUAACCCUGAUGCAUUUCAACCACGUUCUUCCUCAUCAUUUCUGGAAUUUCUUUCAACUUUGGCGUAGUGUUUUACUGGAAACGGAUCAUGUGAAGAUCAUAUUGCUGGGUGGACGUUGGGCAGGAAAAAGUUCCUCUGGAAACACCAUCCUGAAUAAGGAGGUGUUUGGAAUCGGUGAACAAACAGAAGUCUGUGUGAUGGAAAAAAGCAAAAUUGCAGGCAUGCAUGUCACCGUGGUCGAUACGCCAAGUUGGAACUGGGUUCCUGCAGAAGCCUCUUCAGAUGAACUUAAGCAGGAACUCAAGCGCAGUGUUGAAAUGCUUGGGGAAGGGCCCCAUGCUUUUCUACUGGUUUAUCCAUUAGGGGCUGCGUUUCUGAAGAGACACAAAAUUGCCGUGGAAGAGCACUUGGAGCUUUUGGGUGCUGAUGUCUGGAACCACACUAUGGUCUUGUUCUCUCGUGGAGAUUGGUUAGGAGAGGUCACUAUUGAGCAGCAUAUCGAGGGGGCAAAAGCAGAAUUCAAGUGGUUGUUAGAUCAGUGUAAGAAUAGGUAUCAUGUUCUCAAUAAUAAGGUGAAGACUGAUGAGAUGCAGGUCAUUGAACUCCUGGAGAAGCUCCAAAGGAUGAUUCGAGGAAAAAGAAAGAGCAGCAGGGUAGAACCACCUUUGAUGGCUGGAGAAACUCCUGCUACAGCUGAAUAUGGAGAACCCUCAGGCACUCCGAAGAAACUGAAAUGAAUCUGACAGGAUGCAACAGGCGAUAUUUAUUAAUUUAUUAUUAAGGUGUCUUUUUUUUUCUAUUGCUUUUAGACCUUUUGGUCAGAUUAUAUAUUUUCAACAGGUUUUUAUUAUUAUUAUUAUUAAUUUUUUUUUUCUGUAAACUUUGUUAUACUGUAUGAAAUA